CACAGCCUCGACCUCCUCGAAUGGGAGACUUACCUGAGGGACGAUUGGCGCAUCAUCAGCGUCCCUUUACCCACACUGGAGUGGACCUGUUCGGACCUAUGGAAGUGACCAUAGGACGCCGCCGAGAAAAAAGGUACGGCGUGUUGUUUACCUGUCUCACUGUGAGGGCUAUACAUGUUGAGCUUGUAGGAAGCCUUACUACCGAUGACGUCAUAAUGGCUCUCCGACGAAUGGCAGCCAGACGCGGGUGGCCGCGACACCUUUACUCGGAUAAUGGUACUAAUCUGAGAGGCGCCGACAAGGAGUUGAAGAAGUGUGUCUCCGAAUUGGAUGAGAAACUCUUAGCUGACGGAGUACAGAGUUACAGCAUGACCACUACAUGGACGUUUUCCCCCCCUGCCAGCCCACAUUGGGGUGGGGCAUGGGAGCGACUCAUCCGCUGCGUGAAAAACGCACUGAAGGUCGUGCUGAAAGAGCGAGCGCCUCGAGACGCUGUUCUACAAACUCUCAUGACAGAGGUUGAAGUGAUGGUAAAUAGUCGGCCCCUCACCCAUGUGAGCGUUGAGCCGAACACUGACGAGACAUUAACACCCAACCAUUUCCUCCUUGGCUCAUCCUCAAACCUACCGACUAUGGGCACCUUUGAUGAGUCAGAUACAUUCUUGCGCAAACAGUGGAGGAUUGCUCAGCAGCUGGCUGACUCAUUCUGGCGACGGUGGGUGAAGGAGGUGCUGCCGGACAUGCGUCCGCGAAAGAAGUGGCAGCAGGAGCAGAGGCCCUUACAAGUGGGUGACCUCGUUUUAAUUGUCGAUCCCGCAUCCCCACGAAACGUUUGGCCACGCGGCAUAAUUCGAAGAGUGAUGCCAGGCCAAGACGGCCGCAUCAGAGUCGCCGAGGUGCAAACAAAGUCGGGCAUAUUGCGACGACCGGUAGCACGAGUUGUGUAUAUAGCUAUCGGGAAUGAGUGCUGACGCACUG